AUGGCUUAUACAGCACUACUCAUGUUUCUGAUUUCUUGCAUUAUCUUGCUCUUGUUGAGCAGCAGCAGCAUCAGUGCCCAACCUGUUCAAUACGCCUGUAGUGGUCCUUCAGGAGUUAAUCAGACAACAAAUAGCACCACAUAUAUAACCAAUCUCAACUCCCUCCUCAAUUCUCUAUCCUCAAAUGCUACCUCUUCUGAUAUUGGAUUCUAUAACACCACAAUCGGUGAUGGUUCAGACAAGGUCUAUGGUCUCUUCCUAUGCAGAGGCGAUAUCACACACCAAGAUUGUCAAAAUUGCGUGUUGACCGCAAGUGAAGAGAUCAAACCAAUUUGUUCAAACAUGAUCACAGCAAUAUCUUGGUACGAUUAUUGUCUAAUUCGGUAUUCAAACCAAUCCAUCUUCUCAAUUUUGCAACAAGAACCAGUCACUUAUCGUUCUGGUCCAAGCGAUGUCACCAACUUGGAUAAGUAUAAUCAGACAGUAAGAGAUUUGAUGUCUGGUCUUGUGAGAGAAGCUGCCUAUGGUUCUUCUACUCCAAAAUACUAUGCAGCAGGUCAAGUGAACUACUCUACAGGGUAUAACACAGUGUAUGGCCUGGUUCAGUGUACUCCAGAUAUAACUAAGGAUGAGUGCAAUAGAUGCUUAUCUGGGAGUGUUUCUGAUAUUCCAAAGAAACACUAUCCGAAACAAGAGGGGAGAGUUCUUAAACCAAGUUGCACUCUAUGGUACCAGUUCAAUUUUGCUUUUUUCAAUCAACAAGUUCCAUCACCUCCUGCAACUCCUCCAUCCACCAACUCAACAUCCCACCAAGAUAAAAGGAGCAAUUCGACUGUAAAUGUCACCAUCGUAGUCAUUAUUGUGAUUGCUGCGACAAUUACAAUCAUAAUAAUCAUUGUCCUCUAUCUACGGUUAGGGAGGAAACAGAAUCUCAAAGUUGAAGGUACCAUUCCUUCCUUCUAUAUAUCGUGGAUUUGUGACUGGCCCAUUCAGACAAAAAGAUAUUUUCCUGAUAAAUUGAAAUUCUUGGGGUUUGAACCUUUCCAACUUCAUCCUCAUCCAUUAAAUACCAAUUAUUGA